AAAAGGAGUUCAGAAUAUAAGAGAAAGAUGGCCGAUAAUGAAUCCAUCACCCUUUCCAAAAGAGAAGUGUUCAAGAAGAAAUGGAAGCAAAGAUCAAAAACCCGCAGGUUCCCGAGAGUUAUCGGCUCUAACAAGCCAUCAUCUUCGAAGCCGAGGCAAUCACUAUUAAAAUCACGAUUCUGUUGUGGUUAUACCGAUCCAUCCAGCUCAAGUGGUUGCUCAACUCCAGAUGAACAAAGCCCUUUACAACAAGUGCCAGACUUCAUCAUGGCCAGCUCACCAUCAUCCUGUCAUGACAUCAACACAUACAAUGUUCAGGUGAUCUGCCUCAACUAAUAUAUUAAAUUUUAUUACUGGACUGUUUAUUAGAUGUAUUUAUUUAUUUAUUCCUUACUUAUUAAAAUCCUUAUUAUUAUUAUUAUUAUUAUUAUUAUUUUAAUUAUUAUAUCUUUGCUUUCUUAAGAUAAAAAUAUCAAUAACUAUAUGAAAGAUAGACCAAAUCCUACAGAUUAAAAAACAUGGAGCAGCAUCUUUGACUUUAUUUUAUUCUAGUUUAUCAAGAAUGAAACACUCUAGUUUACUUUUCUACAGUCUGCAACUCUUGAUCACCAGGGAAAGGUUUUUGACGAAACAAAUCCCGUGGAUUGUUCGGAUUCACGAUCAGUGAACCUGGAGAACAAAACCAACAAGAUGAAGAAUUUUCGAAGCACGAAGUCAUUUAGGAGAAAGGGGAGAUCAAGAAUCAUGAAACAGACAAAACCUUUAUUGGAUGAAACAGAAACAGCAUCAGAAUCUUCUGCAACUGAUAUAGUAGAGGCUAAAGGGAAGGAAGAAAUUUCUAAGGAAAGUCAUCAUAUAUCUGGAUCUACUACCUUUGAUGCUAGUUUUCAUUCCCAUGAAAACAUGGGAUUAUCUGAUCAUAAAUCUUUAGAGAUUCUAACGAGGACAUCUAGCUUGAGGAAGCCUUCUUUCAGGUUUUCUAAGGUCAAAAUUGCAGAUAAGCCUACUUGCUCUUCCACCAUUAGAAAUUCAAAGUUUCCUAGAAAUCCUCCACUGAAACUGGGGAAAUCUGAAUCAGAUAUACUUCAAGUUUAUAAAGUUUGUCCGUACCACCAUUGUUCUCUUCAUGGGAAUACUCAAGAUUCAUCAACCUCAUCAAAGCGGCUUGGCAUGGUAAGAAAAUCAAUGAAAUUGAAGAAAAACCUGAAACAGUUAACCGAAACUAACAUGGAUGGAAAUCUUGAUUCUGAAUCUUCCGAGAAGAGCCUUCUUCCACCUGGCAGUCAGAAAGAGAAGCAUAUGAGCAUGUGGAACCUCAUUCGUAGACACAUGUCUUCAUCUCUUGCUGCAGAAUCCAGAAACGUAGAAAUUUCUGGAUUAAGAGCUGAUUCUUUUGGAGAAGAAACGGCCACUUUGGAUCAGGAUGAAAAGGUUCUUGCUGUUAAACUUGUACGAGAAGCGAUAGAGAGAAUUCUUCUUCCAGAGGUUAGUGACAUUGCACCAGACCAAGAACCAGUCGAAAAGAAUUAUCACAGUGAAGGUUCUGCAGACAUAAAAACAGUGGAAAACUACAAUGCACCUUCUGGUUCAGAAGUGAUGAACACCAUAGCUACUGAUAAUUAUGAAGGUCAACAUACAGAGGGAUCAAAAGAAGAGGUUCCAAAUAUAUCUAACAGGAAAGCGCCAAAACAGUGGAGUAAUCUGAAAAAAUGGAUCCUGCUCCAACGCUUUACCAAGGAAUUGGAAAGAGUAAGAAGACUAAACAAGAGGAAGUCAAGGAAUUUGCAGGUAGAGCCUGGUCUUGAAGCAGAAAAGGUUCAUUUGAGACAUCAAACUGUGGAGGAGAAGAAACAGGCAGAAGAAUGGAUGCUUGAUUAUGCACUUCAACAAGCAAUGCGUGAACUCGCCCCAACUCAAAAAAGGAAAGUGGAACUACUAGUAAAGGCAUUUGAAACUAUGGUUCCUCUCCAAGGAGAUCAGAAUAUUCAAUCCGCAUUUCCCAAGCUCGAAAGUGAUGGAGAAGCAGAUGAUGCCAUUUGCAAGGCUGAGAACCUCAAUAAGGAAGCAUCUACGGAGUCCGUACCUGCACAGUCUGUACAACAGCUUGAUGAAUUCCAUGGAGGAUAUUCCACUAAUGAUGGUGCAGGCAAAGCACAUGAUGGUACAGGCAAAGCACAGAUGGGAAACCAAAAUUACAUUGCCAUGUGGCAUAUGGUGUCUCAACAUGUUCUGUCAGGCAUUGCGUCAAACACUAAAAGUGCGCUGCUUGAUGAAACAGAUGAUGAAUCCGAAGGGAGCCUCACUUUGGGAGAAGCAAAAUUCAAACUUCCUUGUGAUGAAGAAAAUCAUGGUCUUGAUUCAAGCUGCCAGAAAAGAAGCUUUAACAGAGACGACGCCAUCAAACUCGUCAGAGAGGCAGUGAACGAGAUCCUCAUAACACAAAUUCAAGAUGAUACCUUUGACUCAAAGCCGGAUCAAACUCAUUUGAGUUUGGGAGAGACGAGUCUGGAAGAAAAUGAGUUAGUAGCUAAAGGAAAAGAAUCGGGAACUGAUAAUCUCACUGAAAAUAAAAAAAUCAGAGGACCAUCACUAGCUAAGAAAGAAGAAGUAGUUGAAGCAAAGCCUGAACUGCAGAAAUCCAAUAAGUGGGGUAAGCUGAAAAAGCUUCUUAUUCUAAAGAGAUCAAUCAUGGCCCUGGAAAAUGCUAGGAAAAUCAAAUUCCAGGAACCACAACAUCUGUCACUGAUGCCUAAUCCAGAACCAGAAAGAGUUGAUCUAAGGCAUCAGAUAAUGAAUGAGAGGAACAAGGCCCAACAGUGGAUGCUUGAUUAUGCAGUGCAGCAUAUUGUGACUGCACUCACUCCUGCCAGGAAGAGAAGGGUGGCAAUGCUAGUGGAAGCUUUUGAAGCUGUUGUUCCAUUUCCAGAUAAUAUAAGCAUAUAAUAUAAGAUCAACAAUUAUGGAAUUCAAAUCUUAGUGUUGAGGCUUUAAGUAAAACUGUGAAAGCAAACACCAAUACACUAUAGGGAUUCUUAGUUAUGGUAUUGAUUGAUUGUUUUGUUGGUUUGAACAGAUUGCGUUUCAUUUUCUUUUCUUUCUUUUUAGAACUUCAUCUAUCCUCAUUUGGCCAGGUUAAUUCUAUUAAUAUCUGUACAACACUGUGUAUAAAUAAUGAUUGCACCAUUAUUCGAGCUAGCUCAACUGCUCAAGAGGUUAAAUGAUGGUUGUUUGAGGAAACAUUCUCAAAUUUACCUUCGUCCUGACUUGAACUCAAGACAUCUCAUAUGUAUAAGAUCUUAAGUUUAGAAUUAGCCAUUUGAAUCACUCUCAUUAUCGACCAUUUCAAACAACACUCGAGAAGGGAUCCUCCAUAUAUGGCUUUGUUAGUAAUAUACGGUUCGUGAAUAAUACAAUAAUACGUACGUUCGUGUAUAAUACGACACAAUUAUAUAAAAUACGGCUUAAUAUAUGUUUCAUACGUUCGUGAAAUAUAUAAAGAUACGGACGCGUUUUAAACGUUUCACAAUUUAAA